AAAAAAGCAGCAGGUCUCCAGGACUGAAGUGGGUUGCUCUUCAUGUGGACUCACAGUGUCCUCAGAGGAAGAAAUUUAAAGGCAAACGCCUCGCAGAUACAUCCAUUCGUGAGACCAGGCUCACGCUUAAAUUACUUCCAAUAACUCAUUUUCUGCAGGUGGCCCACCUGGACAAAACAUGACAUCAUUGACUCUCAGGCUUCUGCCCCGCUCCGCUCGCUAGAGGUCGCUGUGCAUCUCCGUCAAACGGCUGACGUCGGGGUGACGUACCAGGAAGUGCGUCGAAGACAACAACAUUGCAGCUGGCUAAUCACUACUCCAGCGUCAAGCUACAUGCUAUGGCAAUAACAGAAGAAAUGAGAGGAUGACAGUUCAGCACAAUCUCAAACUCGUGCUUUAAUAAACGCUGCGGUGUGGCCAUUAAGCACCCCAAAGGUAAACAAGGUUUCUUGUCAUUCACUGUGACACUUGGUGGGGGGGGGGGGGGAGACAGUGACAUUUCCAGGCCCCUCCAAUGUCCUCUGGCUGUCCACCCCAGUCGCCUGCCGUGGCGAAGUCUGAGGUGGCAGUGGAGGGAGAAUGCCCGCUGCUGGCAGCCACCUUCGCCUACUGGGACAACAUCCUGGGACCGCGGGUGCGCCACAUCUGGACGCCGAAGGGAGACCAGCUGAUGUUCCUCAGCGACGGCGAGGUCACGUUUUUGGCCAACCACACGCUCAACGGGGAGAUCCUGCGCAGCGCAGAGUGCGGCGCCGUGGACGUGAAGUUCUUCGUUCUGGCGGAAAAGGGCGUCAUCAUUGUGUCCCUUAUCUUCGACGGCGAGCUGAAGGGGGACAAGAAUACGUGCGCCUUGUCCAUCAUCCUCCCACAGGCGGAGCUGGCCUUCUACCUGCCUCUGCACACCAUCUGUGUGGAGAGGCUGAAGCACGUCAUCCGCAAGGGACGCAUUUGGAUGCAGAAGGGCUACAACAUCAUCUCGGUGCUGAGCUUGGAGAUUGUCCCCAUCAUGGAGCUGUUGGCCUCGAUGAAGUCGCACAGUGUGCCAGAAGACAUAAAUAUAAAAGACACCGUGCUAAAUGAUGAUGACAUCGGGGACAGCUGCCACGAGGAUUUCCUCCACAAGGCCAUCAGCUCUCAUCUGCAGACCUGCGGCUGCUCAAUAGUAGUUGGAAGCAACCCAGAGAAAGUAAAUAAGAUUGCGCGGACUCUCUGCCUCUUCCUCACCCCGGAGGAGAGGAAGUGCUCCCGCCUCUGCAAGGCUGACUCUUCUUUCAAAUAUGACACGGGCCUGUUUGUCCAGGGCCUGCUCAAGGACUCCACGGGCAGCUUCGUCCUGCCCUUCCGCCAGGUGCUCUACUCGCCGUACCCGACCACGCACAUCGACGUCGACAUCAACACGGUCAAGCAGAUGCCGCCGUGCCACGAGCACAUGUACAACCAGCGGCGCUACAUGCGGUCCGAGCUGAGCGCCCUCUGGAAGGCGGACAGCGAGGAGGACAUCGCCCCCGACACGGUCAUUCACACCGAUGAGACCUUCACGCCCGACCUGAAUAUAUUUCAAGACGUCAUGCAUAAAGACACUUUGGUGAUGUCCUUUAUAGAUGAGGUGUUCAUGCUGAAGCCCGGCCUGUCCCUGCGGAGCACCUACCUGGCCCAGUUCCUGCUGCUGCUCCACAGGAAGGCCCUCACGCUGCUCAAGUACAUCGAGGACGAAACGCAAAAGGGGAAGAAGCCCUUUCGAUCGCUGCGCAACCUGAAGACGGACCUGGAUCUGACGGUGGAAGGGGACCUGAACAUUGUCAUGGCCUUCGCGGAGAAGCUGCGGGCGGGGCUGCACUCGUUCGUGUUCGGGAAGCCGUUCUACACCAGCGUGCACGAGCGAGACGCGCUCAUGAGCUUCUGACGCCCGCUGCCAUUAUCGUACGGCGAAUGGCAACAGAUGUUGUAUUGUCUUUGCUUUUGUUUUUGUUGUUGUUGUUGUUGUUGUUACAUCAAUGCCUGCACGUGUGUAUUCCCAAAGGUGACAGUUAGUCUGAGUAUUUGAUUCCGCUUUGCUGGAAUGAAAAGGAACACCAAAAAAAGCAUUUUCGCCUUCCUUUUCGUGUCUCGUGAAUUGAAGGCAUGCUUUCAGAGACUGAUCGUUACAGCUAUUAUGAGCCAUUAGAAUUAAAGUUCUGAUAUAUUGCCUUGAUCAACUGAAAGCAUAAUGUGAGUUUAAUGUUUGACGAUUUAGUCAUGUAUUCUUUGCCUUCUGUAUUAAUGUAUGGCGUUGAAAUUGGCUGAGGGGCCCACCAGGACUUUUUGCAAUUUAAUUUAGAAAUCAUAUUUAUUAAAACACGAGUUAUCGGUUUCUUCGCUGCCUGCGUUUUACAAUAACCUCAGAACCGUUUGAACUUGUGGAUUUUCUUUUAUUCUUUUUUUUCUUUCUUUUUUCUAAGAAAUUCAAUGAAUGAGCCUGCGUGCUGAGUGUCAAUGGUGCAGAUCAAGUGGCCGUACAAAAAAGGCUGCGAGAUAUCACAAAAUAUUUCAUUAAAGACAAACGACAAGUCA